UUAUGAAUCACUUGUGGGGCCACUCACCUUGUUUCCCGAAGGCCUCACGUUUGAUUCUUUAUGCACCAAACUUGUUCAACAAGAGGGUCGCCUUCAGUUACAACAACGGUUGGAAUCCAUUGUUGGAAGUUGGAACCCCUGCAUUUGCCGCUUCUUCUUCAUCCGGGGGUGCUGCAGCAGUGGGCGCGGGGGUCCGUCAUCCUCUAGCGGACAUCAGCAGUUUCAGCGCAGUGGGCGCGGGGGUCACGAAGGACGAGGCCAGCGAGGCCGUGGUCGAGGCCGCGGCAGAGGGCAGCAUUACCACCAGUCUGUCGGGCAGUAGCAGUACGCGGGACCACAGCAUGUAGGCCAGCCGCAGCAGUUUCAGGGAGCCGGGCAGCAGUCUGGGGUGUACGAGUGCGGUCCUAUGCAGCCACAUCCGAUGGGUUCACCGGGAUUUCCAUUGGUUGAGAAUAUUUUUGGUUCCGUCCCUCCUCCUGUUGUCUGCCAAAUAUGUCAUUCCCCAGGUCAUUCUGUUGUUGCUUGUCCGUCUCGUUUAGUUCAACCACAGGCUCUUGCUUUGGCUAUUUCUACAGGGGAAUCCACUACUGCUGAUUGGUACCCCGACUCGGGUGCUUCUGCUCAUAUGACCGCUAAUGAAGGUAUUUUAGAAAAUAAAUCCUUUUAUUCUGGACCACUAAAAGUGACGGUUGCGGAUGGUUCUAAUCUACCUGUUAUGACUAUCGAUAAUUCGCAUUUGUCUACUCUGCCUAGGCCACUUCAUUUAAAAUAUGUUUAUCAUUUGCCUCAUCUAAAAUAUAAUUUAUUAUCUAUUCAACGAUUAUGUGCCGAUAAUAAUUGUUUUGUUAUUUUUUUAUAAAAAUUCUGUUUGUAUAAAGGACACAAUUUCGGGAAAGGUGCUCCUUCAAGCUUCUAAUACUGGCGGUGUUUACCCUAUUUCCUUACCUUCUUCACCAAUUGCUCUCAGCUCUCAUGUUGCUCCUGGACCGAUAUGGCAUCAUCGUUUGGGACAUUGUGGCAGUCGUAUUUUAGAUAGGCUUAAAAAGUCUGGCACUAUUCUUAGUACGUCGAAUUUUUCUCAUGAUUGUAUUUCUUGUCGAUUAGGAAAAUCACACCGGUUACCUUUUCAAGAAAUGUGGCAUAGAUCUACUACUCCGUUAUAUUUAAUUCAUUCUGAUGUUUGGCAAUCUCAUGUUCUUUCACCGAAUGGUUUUAAAUAUUAUGUUAUUUUUAUUGAUGAUUUCUCUCGUUUUACUUGGUUGUACCCAAUGCGUCAUAAAAGUGAGGUAGUUCGGCACUUUCAAAUUUUUAAAACAAUGUUUGAAAAUUUACUUAACUCCAAAAUUAAAAUUUUUCAAAGUGAUGGAGGGGGUGAGUUUGAUAAUUAUGGUAUGCGGGAUAUUUUUCUCCAAAAUGGUAUUUUGUUUCGCAAAUCCUGUCCUGACACGCCUGAACAGAAUGGGGUUGCUGAACGUAAACAUCGACAUCUACUUGAAUUAGCUCGCAUUAUGCUGUUUGAAGCAAAAAUGCCAGCUAUAUUCUGGGUAGAUGCUGUGUUUACCGCUACCUAUAUUAUUAAUCGUCUCUCCACUCCCAACUUAAAUGGUGCUACUCCCUUUGAAAAAUUAUUUCAUCAUUCCCUUGAUUACUAUUCUAUGCGCAUAUUUGGGUGUGCUUGUUUUCCAAAUUUUAAUGUCAAUUCAUCAAACAAAUUAUCUACUAGAUCCACUUUAUGUGUAUUUUUAGGCUAUGCUCCUGAAUAUAAGGGAUACCGGUGUCUUGAUCCUCUUACCGGCAAGAUUUACAUCAACAGAAAUGUUUGUUUUCAUGAAAAUCAUUUUCCAUAUUCUGAUUUAAUUUCUUCCUUGGAAAAAUCAACAUUGCCACUUUGUCCUCCGAUUAAUACUGUUCAGCUUCAUGAGAUCUGCCCACCAUCAGCUUCUCCUUUGCCGCAGCCUUCCCACAGACCUCCUGCCAUCCGUCGGUCGAUCACCCCACCAUCCGACCACCACCACCAGCCAGCCUACACACCCCACCAUUUAUUCUCCCACCAGCCUGCAUCGACCACCACACCC